UUGUUUUUGCACGGAUUGUUUAUGGUAGCGGUCAAAAUAAUGAGUCUUUACCUGGUUGUCUUCAUCUUUUUAUGCUACUUGGCUUUAACAAAGUGCAUUUUCUAUCGACAUGGGCAAACUUUGAGGAAGUCGCUGAAGCUCGUUUUGAACGUUUCAUCGAGCAGAGACACAGACGGAGCUGAUGUCAGAGCUCUGCUUGUUACUGCGCAUCCGGAUGAUGAAUGUAUGUUCUUCGCGCCAACGAUUAUACGACUCGUCGAGUUAAAUGCCUCCGUUCAUUUGCUGUGUUUGUCUGAAGGAAACUACUACAAUCAAGGAGAUCAGCGUAGACAAGAACUUCUUAACAGCUGUGCCGUGUUGGGGAUACCAGCCUCCAGAAUCACCAUAGUAGACCAUAAAAAACUUCCAGAUGAUCCCAAAGCAGAAUGGAGCAUCUCACUGGUCUCCUCUACAAUUGUGAAACAUAUCCGCGCUCACUCCUUCAACAUGGUGCUGACCUUCGAUGGGAGAGGAGUGAGUGGCCAUGCCAAUCACGUAGCCAUCCAUAAAGCUGUCAGGCAUAUCGCUUCAACUGGACAAGUCCCUGAUGACUGCUGUUUGCUCUCCCUGGUGACUGUUGGCCUCCUUAGGAAGUACAUCUCCAUCUUGGAGCUUCCCCUCAGCUGGCUGCUGCCCUCAUGUCUCUGCUGUAUUAUAGGCUCACAGGGCUACAGGCGAGCCAAGGCUGCCAUGCUGUGUCAUCGCACUCAACUGUUGUGGUUCCGUUACCUUUACAUCACUUUCUCUCGAUACAUGUUCGUGAACACGUUCCAAAUAAUUCCACAGGGACCAAAGAACCUGAAGAUCUAUUAGACGUUUGUCACUUCCUGAAGCACUGAUAUUUACACUUCAAUGUGUCCCUGUGGUGAGGUGGAAGGGCUGAAUAUUGUAGCUGUUUACAGAUUUCUUUAAUACUGUAUUCACUGUAGUAGCCUGAAUAUUCUCUGAAGCACUUUCCAUGAACAAAGCUGACAACCAUUUUGAAAUGUUUAUUAAUAUUAGUAAUUUCUUGUCUUUUUGCUACAGAAGCAACUUCAUACUACUACAUUAAAACAACACUGGGUUUUUGAGUUUUUCCAAAUGGUUACAUUUUUCUUCAUUGUAUUAUUUGAUAAAUCAUUGAAAAUACGGUUCAAUAUUUCUGAUACAAUGUUGAUUAAAAGGUUUGAUUUUUA